AUGGACCCUAGACGGAAUUCGUUUCUGAAUUUGAUUGUCUCUGUGGAGACUGGGAAGGAUAUAGAGUUGGAACAAUUGGGAGCUGACCUAGAUGGAAGCGGCAACAAUCAGCAGCAGCAGGAAGAAGGAGACGACAAUGCACACCAUCAUCACAAGAAGGAAAAGAAGAAAAAGAAAAAAGACAAAUAUGCUGCCGAAGGUAUAGAGCCAAUAGCAGAAGAACCAGAUGCAGCAGCAGAUCAGGAAGAGGGAGAAGUCAAAGUAAAAAAGAAAAAGAAGAAACACAAGCAGGCUGCGGAAGAUGCCAUAAUAGAAGAGCAAGACGCAGCAGAGGAGGAGGAGGGAGCCAAGAAGAAAAAGAAAAAAGACAAAAAGAAAAAGGACAAGAAAAAGAAGAAAAAGAAAGAGGAAGGAGGAGAUGAUGACGCCGAAUCCGAUCUCGAAUUGGAUUCGGACGAUGACUUAUCCUUGGGCAGUGUUCCCAUGUCGUCAUCCAGUGAAGACGACGACGAUGACGAUCAAGACGAAAUGGCCACAUCACUCCCCACUCAAAAAGACUUGUCCAAGGGUGUCAGCAAUCGUGCGCUCGUCGCCGAUGGACGAUUCCAAAAAGUACCUGGAUUUCAACGAUCCAAUACAAACCCCAAUGCCGGACAACACAUUAAUAGCAAGCGAAGAAACACCCUCGGAGCGGCACUCAAGGGAUUCCAAAUCGAUGUCAAGAGCCUACAACAAGCAGCCGACGACCAAGAUCAUAGCGAUUCCGGUCUCGACCAAAUGACUGGUCUCAAAAGCAAUCUACCCGCACUAUCCGUUUCGGGGGUCAAAGCCAGUAAGCCAUCUGCUGCAAGACGACAAACCACUGCAUUCGAUAGUUUCUUGAAGGAUUCCAGUUUGAGCGAAAACAAUGUGUUUGAAGACGAAAGUCAAAAGGAUCACUGA